GGGGACGCGGUGAGGGGACGCGCUUUUCCUUGGGAAUCAUGAACACCCGGCAGCAAAGCAAACUUACCCACUGCUGGUAUGGAAAACCCUUGGGCUCAGACAGAAAGCUGAGGACUUCCCAGUACAAGGGGAUCGUAAUUAUAUCAGAAAGCAGCAAAACAGAAAUCUGUAUACAGCUUGGUGACUUUAUUUUAGUAGAAGGGGUAAAUGCAGAUCAGCCUUAUGUGGCACAGCUCGUGGAUUUAUAUGAAGAUGGCGCUCAGCACAAGCGUGCAGUUGUGCAGUGGUUCUGUCGUUUGGAGGAGAUACCUCAGAACAAACGGAAGCUGCUUAAAAGAGAGAUUUCUGCCCAGGAGGUGUUUUUCGAUCAAGUUCUUGGCUAUGACACUGAUAUAGCUGCAGAGACCAUUAUUAAAAGUAUCAUGGUAGUGCCACUACAUCUGGGUGAGGAGCUGCCUAUUAUUACAUUAAACAAGGAACCAACUUUCUAUGUCAAGCAGUCUUGGGAUGGGAAGUGCUUUAAGGUUUUGUCCCCAGACACAUUCUCUAAGCUGAAAGAAGCUAACAAGAAAAGAGGUGUCAUCACAAACACUUCAAAAGCAUUUAUUCCUUCAGACAUCCUUACACCUGUGAAAAAAGAGACGGAGAGUGUUGUUCGGAGUGCCGCAAAACCGAAAAAGGUUGAUAUGGAAAUAGAAUCCAAACAUUCUUCUUCCAAGUCCUCACUUGCUAAGGAGAGGCAUUCUCAAAGAGUGGCUAAUAAUGACAUCAAAACCCCAACAGCAAGGAAGAAGCUGGAGUUAAACAGUCCCACGAGGUCCAAAGGCAGGCUGCUGGGAUGUGAAGUUUUGGAUCUUUUGGAUGAUGACUGUGAUGCCAUAGCACCAUUACAGCCAUCAGCCACUAAAAGAAAAGUGAAAUUCACAAGUGAAAUUUUAGGCUCACCACCAAAGAUCCCCUGCAGCAAUAAGUCAACAUCUGUGACUGCAGAGCACCAUCAGAGUUUCAGUGACACCAUACGAUUGUCCCCCUGCAGCAAUGAUAGAUCAACAUCUGUGACUGCAGAGCACCAUCAGAGUUUCAGUGACACCAUACGAUUGUCCCCCUGCAGCAAUGAUAGAUCAACAUCUGUGACUGCAGAGCACCAUCAGAGUUUCAGUGACACCAUACGAUUGUCCCCCUGCAGCAGUGAUAGAUCAACAUCUGUGACUGCAGAGCACCAUCAGAGUUUCAGUGACACCAUACGAUCAUCCCCCUGCACUAAGGUCAGAGAAUUCAGUGAUGAAGACAAAGAUCUUCGUGAGAAGGAUGACAUUCCAUCGUUAGGUGGGUAUCGGAAACGGAGCAGCCAGAGCCCUGUGUUGACCCCUCGUUCUCGCAGAACAUGUGCACAAAAAACCAGUGCUCUCAUUGCAGAGCAGAUCAGCAUGUUGUACCAGGAAGAUUUUCUGUCUGGCUCUGACAGUUCCUACUCUUCAAGUAGUGAGGAAGAGGAGGAUGAUGAUGUGUCCUGUACACCAAAAAAGAAAACUAAAUCCAGCAGAAUAUUCAGCACCCCAAAAUCUUCAAGGAACUCAGCAGUUCACACUCCUGCAAAGACACUGAGGAAAACUCCUUUAAAAGAAACACCCAGAACACCCCGGAAUGCAACUCCAGAAAUUCCCAGGCGCAUCCAGGCAGCCCAGGAACCAGCCAGUGUACUGGAAGAAGCCAGAUUAAGGCUGCAUGUUUCUGCUGUCCCAGAAUCUCUGCCUUGUCGUGAGGAAGAAUUCCAGGAUAUCUAUAACUUUGUGGAAAGCAAACUUAUUGAUGGUACAGGAGGGUGCAUGUACAUUUCUGGAGUGCCUGGAACAGGUAAAACUGCAACUGUUCAUGAAGUCAUUCGGUGUCUUCAGCAAGCUGCAGAAAAUGAUGAGCUGCCACCAUUCCAGUUUGUGGAGAUCAAUGGCAUGAAGCUGACAGACCCUCACCAAGCCUAUGUGCAGAUAUUAGAGUUCUUGACAGGUCAGAAGGUGACAGCUACCCAUGCUGCAGUACUGCUAGCAAAGCUGUUCAAUACACCUGGACCAAAGAGGAAGACAACAGUGCUGAUAGUGGAUGAGCUUGACCUGCUGUGGACCCGGAAGCAGAACGUGAUGUACAACUUAUUUGACUGGCCAACCCAAAAGCACUCCAAGUUAAUCAUCCUGGCCAUUGCCAACACCAUGGACCUGCCAGAGAGAAUCAUGAUGAACAGAGUAGCUAGCAGGCUGGGCCUCACCAGAAUGUCCUUUCAGCCCUACACCUACAAACAGUUACAGCAAAUCGUUUCGUCCAGACUGAAGGGUGUGAAGGCAUUUGAAGAGGAUGCAGUUCAGCUGGUUUCCAGAAAGGUGGCAGCACUGUCCGGGGAUGCCCGGCGGUGCCUGGAUAUCUGCAGGAGGGCCACGGAGAUCUGCGAGCUCUCCAGGCAGAAGAGAACCCCAGAGAUGGUCAGGAUGGCCCAUGUGACUGAAGCCAUAGAUGAAAUGUUCUCAUCACCGUAUGUCAGUGCAAUCAGGAAUGCUUCGUUGCACGAACAAAUCUUCUUGAAAGCAAUUUUGGCAGAGUUUCGCAGGGCAGGCGUUGAAGAGGCGACAGUUCAACAGAUCUACCACCACCACGUGGCCUUGUGCAGGAUGGAAGGCCUGCAGAGCCCCACGGUAUCAGAAACCAUGGCAAUUUGUGCAAGACUUGGUGCCUGCAGGCUCUUGCUGAUGGAGGCCAGCAAUAAAUAUCUGCACAUGAGGGUGCGACUGAACCUCAGCCAGGACGAUGUCAUGUAUGCACUCAGGGAGGAAUAAAACUAAAGAGAUUUUAUUGUUUUUAGCAUGUAUAAAUAUUUUAAAUACCCUCUAUUUUUAUUUUUUUUUAAUUAUUGAUAAAAUGGAAAUAGUGUAUUUUUUUAAAAUGCUUUGCUAAUUUGUUUGGUGUAUGAAAGCACUCUUUUUUAAUAAUAAAGAAUUAAUUUCAAAGCAUUUUAAAUAUUUCAAACUACUUGUUUUUAGAAGUAUUUUUAUGUGCUGGUAGCUGGACCCCUUUUAAUUGAGGUGUAUGAACUUGGGAUGGAUUAUGUGAAGAAGAUUAAUUGCAUUGCUGUUUUUUUUUUUUUUUGAGGCUCGUGGUGUCUUUGGCAUUCUGUAGAUUUUCCUCAGUGACUUUUACACUCAAUGAAAAGCAUUGUUAAAACGUGCUUAAACUUGUCCUUACUAACAUAUUUAAAAGGAACAUCCGCUUUGCAAUCCAACAUAAUUAAAAGGAACUUUAGUUUGCAAGGCAGGCUCGAUGUUGGAAUGGAGGUGACUUAGGCUACCGCACGAACCGUGCCAUUCAAAUGCCCAGCUCCUUUGUCUGACGGGUCACUCUGCAGGGCUGAGAGCGCCGGGGCUGUGUGCAGGGCCCGGUCGGGACCGAACGCGGGCGGGCCGCGGCUCCGGGCCGGGCCCGCCCCUCCGCGCAGCCGCGGAGCAGCCGCGGGCGGCCGGGCCCUCCCCGCGCCGCGCCGGGCGGAGCUGCGGCCGCACGGGCGGGAGCCGA